UUCCGUUUGGUGCCUUUCCUAAUGCCACCUGCAGGGGAGCCCCAAACAAAGCCCCCAUUGCUCGGCAGUGGGCUCCCAUUGCGGAAAUAAGAUUGAGUAGAGUCACUGGGGACAUGCUGAAUAUCUAUGUCUGAGGGUGUCUUUAAAACCAAGAGGUGGGGGGCUUCCCUGGUGGUGCAGUGGUUGAGAAUCUGCCUGCCAAUGCAGGGGACACGGGUUCGAGCCCUGGUCUGGGAAGAUCCCACAUGCCGUGGAGCAACUAAGCCCGUAAGCCACAACUACUGAGCCUGCGCGUCUGGAGCCUGUGCUCCGCAAAAAGAGAGGCCGUGAUAGUGAGAGGCCCACGCGCCACGAUGAAGAGUGGCCCCCGCUUGCCACAACUAGAGAAAGCCCUUGCACAGAAACGAAGACCCAACACAGCCAAAAAUAAAAAAAUAAAUUAAUUAAUUAAAAAAAAGAAAACAACCCAAGAGGGUUCUCAUCUGCUUGGAAUGUAACAGAAACAGGUCUUCCUGAAGGCAUGAGGUGGGAUUAAGUAAUCUUUCAGAAGUUCAUCCUAGCCCUGUGCUUGGAUACCCCAAGGGAACAAGGCAGUCUAGAAUCUUGGGGUCUGGGGACUGAUGAAUACUAUACUCUGGGGUCCAGAGUUGAUGGAAGAGGCAGAGAAUGUUUGGAGGUAAAGAUAAAAUGAAGAAGGAAGGAGUAAAACAAGGCAGGGCAACAGUAGCCUAAGAUCUUAACCUGCAUUUUCCAAUUUACAGAGAACUUGUAAUGCUUUAUCUCCUUUAUCGGAACAAUCAGACAAUCACGUCUGUGUGAGAUAAGGAAGGUGAUUAUCUUUAUCCAAGUUCGACAGAUAAGGAAACAGGUGCCUAGGGGCCCCAAGGAAGAGUAGCAGAGUCAAGGCUUAAAAGGAACAACCAGAAUUGAAAUCUCCAAAGGGGAAAGCUUGGCACCUCUAUUUAGAAAAAUCGCUACAUGCAGUUCUCAUUUGCAGCCAGAAUUGAGAACCAUCGACCUAGGCUUUCUGCCUACUAAGCCAGUGAAGUUUCCAGAACAUCUACUGUCCCUGUGGAAAGCCAUGUUAGUGCAUGUCCAGAGUUACAAGCUUCUGGAAAGUAGGCCAGUUUGAGGUACAUCUGGAAACAAAGAGGUAUUUUAGGAGAGCUUCAUCAAUUGUAUUCAAUCGUGAAAGGUGAGAACCUGGGCAACUCAAGGUGUCCUAGGUUGCCCCUGGAGAAAAGGGAUGUCGUGUACCUAAGGAAGACAGCACCUCCACUCCUCAGUUCAGCAACUUCCAUGGUCUUCCUGGAGAGGGGUCCCAGAAGGGCAGCCAGUAAGAGGCAUCUGGAAGCCCAGAGAGUACUAGGGAAGUGCUAGGCAUGCAGGUGAAUCUGGCAAGUUCAUGUUAAGAGUUUAGCCCAUUAUCAGGGCGAAGUUCUUGACUCAAUGGCUUAGGAGGCGUUUAUUUGCUUUUUCUAGCAACUCCACCCAGCCUCAGCAGGGGACACACUUCCCUCUGCAUUUCCUGCCACCUCUUCUAGUGGCAAAAGGUUCCAUUCCCACUUAGGUAAUGGAGGAUUUUUUGUAGGGAGCAGCCAGUUAAGAUGUAUGGAUUCCCGUGUUGCAUUAAACAGCCAUGAACAGGCUACAGAACAGAACACCUGGGUACUUCCUGGAAAGUACUUCCUCCAUCUUCUCAACAAAUCAGAUUCUCAAGACCAGCUGCUCCCCAACCUGGUUUAUUCUUUGUUCUAGGAGACAGUUCCCAAUGGACACAUACCUGUGAAAACACUCUCUAGUAAACAACUGCAUUGUUAUUGAAAUUUCGCUCUAAAAUCCCAAAGCCAGGUAAAGCCUAAUUGCCAGCUUUAAUGAUGGAGAAAUCCAGGCAUUAAAAACAAAAAACAAAAUAACAAAGCCCGAUUUCUUGCAUUGGUGGGUGUUUGGAAGAAUGAAGUGAAGCAUUAGGUCUUUUUAGUCUCUGUGGGCUUCCAGUGCUGUGCUCCCAUGAUAGCUCUUAGCAUGUCCCCCGAUGGCCUGCAACACAUUGCAUGCUGGUGCUGAAAACAUCGUGAGCGGCCUAGCUGGGUCUAGAACCACAGCAGCUUCGACUGCCUGCACACUUCCUUCUGUGGGGAAUGACCAGCACAAGCCCCUCUGAGAAGUCUUUGGGACUGUCUUUGUCUGAUAAGAGGUAGGGGCAUCCAUCCCCUCUGAGUUUACCCACCUGCUCUGUGACUCCUCUGUUAUCCCAGCCACAACCAACUGCAGCCUCAUGACCCUGUGGAGGUGGGGUGUGGGGUAUUAGAGGAGAUGGUACAGCGCAGGGGGCAAGGGCAGAUGUGCUCUCCAGGACAAGUACCAUCACUCACUGAGAGACUUUUCAAGACAAACACAGCUUCCCCUCUUCAGACUGGUGCAAGCUGAGGCACUGAAAGCCAUUAUUUUAGAAAACCACACACCGUCUUCCUAAUGGUCCCUUUGAUUUUGUGCUUGUGGAAAGUAACAGCCAAAGAGAGAAAUGUGAACAGUAACAUGUAUAUUCCAUUUGUAGUCUGAGUAAAGGGGACAUGCGCCCAGUCCUCUUCCUCAUCCUUCAGCCCUCGGCAGACCCUGACCUCUCAAUUGCACAAUUCAGAGCUCGGCACUCAGCAGGCGCUCUGUAACUGUCUGUGCCAAGUGAAAACAAUAUGCUGGGGCAAGUAGGAGUCAAUCUUGCAUCCCUCCCUGCCUUUUUUCCUCCCCGUCCAACCUUUGGGGCUCUGGUUUCCUGCAAGCGGUGAAUUAUUCAUGUCUGCUCAGAGAUAUCACAUUGGCCCUUCCUAGGUUGCCAACAGGGUGGAGCAGGGAGGUGGCUUUUUUCAGAGUCUGUAAAUAGGAGGAGCGACCUUCCUGUUCAAACAGCACUUAACGGGUAGAUGACUUUUUGCUAAGUCAUCCUGGGGAUGCUCAAAGUCCCAUUGUGAGAUACUUCCUGGCUCCUCCUUCCUCCCCACCCCUUUAAUAGACCCUUAAGUGGGGUCACACUGCUCUGCCACUCACUCUGCACUCGCACCAUGGCUUACGUUGCCAAGUCCUUCUACGACCUCAGUGCUAUCAGCCUAGAUGGGGAGAAGGUAGAUUUCAAUACAUUCCGAGGCAGGGCAGUGCUGAUUGAGAACGUGGCCUCGCUCUGAGGCACAACCACCCGGGACUUCACCCAACUCAACGAGCUGCAAUGCCGCUUUCCCAGGCGCCUGGUGGUUCUUGGCUUCCCUUGCAACCAAUUUGGACAUCAGGAGAACUGUCAGAAUGAGGAGAUCCUGAACAGCCUCAAGUACGUCCGCCCUGGGGGUGGAUUCCAGCCCACCUUUACCCUUAUCCAAAAGUGUGAUGUGAAUGGUCAGAAUGAGCAUCCUGUCUUCACCUACCUGAAGGAUAAGCUCCCCUACCCUUACGACGACCCGUUUUCCCUCAUGACCGAUCCCAAGUUCAUCAUUUGGAGCCCUGUGCACCGCUCAGAUGUGUCUUGGAACUUUGAGAAGUUCCUCGUCGGGCCAGAGGGGGAGCCCUUCCGACGCUACAGCCGCACCUUCCCGACCAUCAACAUCGAGCCUGACAUCAAGCGCCUCCUCAAAGUUGCCAUAUAAACACCAGCAGAUCUCCUACUUCCUCCUGCCCCUGAGCGUCUUUCCUGAGCAUUCAGUGUGCCCUCAGGAGACUCUGCUGGGCCCGGGCUUUCCCUUCAGAUCAGUCCCCUGCAUUGAAGAGCCUUGCCUUUCUGGUUUGCCUGUUUCCUUUCCUUGCCCCCAAACUUGUGGUUGGUGAUUCAACCUGGGGCUCCAAGACGGGUGGGCUCUGAGCCUUCAGAGUGAUGGCGCCUUCCUAAAGCUGUAUGGGAGGUGUCUGAGAAGUGUGAGGGUCCAGAGCCAGCCUUCUGGCUGAGUCCAAUAAAGGGCAGGUGU